CCCGAUUCCCGCCGGCGGUUGCCGCCUUUUGAGGAGGGUCGAGGAGACGGCGGUGGAGAAGGCAGAGAGAGGAGAGAAGCGGCCCUCUCCGACCCAUCCACGAGGCAGCACAACAAGGGCGCACACCGGCAGGUUCACUCCGAGGAGCCAUGCAGACUGAGCUGCCCGGCUGCCCCGAGUGAAGGGCAGGUCCGGGUGACCCAGUGUCCCGGGUAGAGGGCAGGGCGAAGCCAAGGCUUGCCGUGCAAAGGGCGAGACAGCGGGCCAUGCCGCCGGGCAAGGAGAAGUCUCGGCGCUCCCGCGGCCACGGAAUGCCCUCACCGGCGCUGUGCUGCGCGUGCGGCCUCUGCGUCAUGCUGGCCGGCAUCAACAUCACGUUGGUCGGCGUGUUCGCCUUCGGCUCGUUCGCGCCGGGCAGCAACCCGCCCAUCAUCAUCGGGCCCGUGCUCCUCGCCCUCGCGCUCCUCUUCUUCGGCGCGUGCUGCGUGUGCAGCAGGAGGCCGGGGGGUUUCUCCGCGCCGGGAGCCGCGCGGCGCAAGAAAGCGGCGUCGAAGGCCGGCGGGGGAGCGCGGGGAGGCGGCGGGUUCCCGCGGGCCGGCGCCGCGUCCGCCUCGGCCGCGUCCGGGGUGGCCGGCGCCUUCGAGCUGGAGACGAGCGAGCACACGAUCCAGGACACCACGGCCUUCCAGCUUAGCCCCACCGCCUCGCCGGUCUCGUCCAAGCCGUCCAGCCCGGUGCACGCGGGGGAUGGGGACGCGGCGUCGAUGGGAGGAGUGGGGCAGCAGAAGCAGGUCGUAGGGGCGUGCGGGGUGUUCACCGUGCCGAGCAGAGCCAGCCCGGUCGGCGGCUCGGCGGCUGGCGUGCACUACCGGAGCACCGGGGAGUCCGUGCACAUCCCUCUCGGGGAGCAGUUGUGGCCGAACCUCGAAUGCGGGCAGCAACAGCAGCAGCAGAAUCAGAACGUUAGCCUCAUCCAGUAGCGGUCGUACCAUCCCGGAAGACCUAGCAAAGGCUUCCAAGGUGGAAGCCGUUUAAGCGGAGCGAGUGUCUCGCUGGUGCGAUCUCGCAGUGGAAAAGUUUCGUGCUGUCCAUCCGUGUCGGGUCGCUAGGCCAAGGGAGGAAUGCGAUAGUCUUGCGAGAGCAGCCCGAUUCGUGUACCCAGCCAGCACGGUUGCCCCCCGUGCUGAUGACGGAACGGCGCGCCGAAUCGUUUGCGAGUCAUAGAAGGACUGCAGUGGUGAUUACGAGGCGAGUCCGUAGGCCAGAAUCCAACCCGUGACCUCCCAAUGUUCCAGGCCAGAAUCUAGGAGUUAGGAACUCGCGGCUCGACUGAGCGCUGCCCUGUGCUCGUGACUGAGCGUACCGACGUGACCUCAUCGCCGUAGCUAUUCGUCAUCAUCAUCAUCACCAUCAUCAACAAUACCAUCAUCAAUUAUGCAUAUUACUAAUCGUCAUUAUCACCUGCACUGGCGGUGACACAGCUCAUUGGCAGGCGCCUUCGACGAUGGUCACAGAGGUUUGUUGUUCGAGCCUGGCUGCCGAUCUGGUUAAUGCUGCGUUGGUACGAACCACAAAAUACUUCGCGCCAUCUGCCUCACAGUUGACGUUUGAGAUCCCGAGACCGUAAUUCGAAAUGAGUCCGAAUUUGGCAGCAAAAAAUCACCCGCAAAUUACUCUUGUGCAAUUACAGAAAUCAAUCAGAGUCCCCGAUGAGCAGACUAAUGCCCGUUGCAGGCCAGUUGCCGAGUCACCAUGUGCCACACAGGGACAGCUACCAUUGGGGGUGUCCUUUAAAAUGUUUUGAGAUGAUAUGUAAUGUAAAGUUACUUGUCGCGUGUAAAGCGCGUAAAGGGCGAUUUAUCGAAAACAAAUCGUCAUUAUUAUCGCCACCACCGCCAAUCAUAAAUAAUUUUAUAUACAUUGGAAUCUUCAUAAAUAAUGAUUAAUCAAUAUUAUGAAAUGUUGUUUAAGAAUAUACUUAAUAAUCACUUCUGUCAUCAAUAUAAUCAUCAAUAAGUGACAUCAACCUUCCAGAAAGGAAAACCAUGAAUACUCUGACGACGCUGAUGUUUUCAUCGGCGCCGUUGACUCCAAGGUGUGCCAGCUGCGUUCGUCCAGAUCUGGUGAAUCUCUCCUCUCCCUUCUGUGUGCUACGAGGAAGGGCUGCUGCCCGGCACGUCGCCUCAUAUAUUUAGCCUUUUUAAGGCCACGCAGUACGAAUGUGUCGAGAUCACGUGAGGUGUGAGCAUGAGCAGCAGCAGCAGCUCACGCGAUGGAGGAGCUGGUGCCCUCAAUUGGCUCUUCUACCUCCAUGCGUCUCCCCCAUGGACGCCUCGCCCCCCCCCCCAGCUCCAUCAACGCGUCGUGUACUCGUCCGCUAGUCCCUUGCGCCACGUUUCCACGGCCAGCGGUGGGGGUGCCGGCGCGGUGCUCCAACCGAGCUCACGCACGGAAUUCUUCCGAGGCUGAGGCGGGCCCCAGGCUGCCUGCUUAGCGAAGCGUGGGCACGCGGGCCAGGGUCCCUGGUGCUGCGUCUUGCACCUCCGAUUAGCACUUUUGGCUACGUACGGUGCGAGAGAUGUUCAACAUACCAUACGUACGUGCAUCAGGGCCAGGACUGGCUCGUUCCUGGACAAGCAGAACCCGGCUCUCAGUGGUCGUGGAAAUCAGGCAACGCGGACUCCCCCCGCCGAUCCGGGCUCAUAGCCUUCGCGCUCUCGUUCUGAACCCAGCCGCUUUCGUGUUGAGAGGUGUUAGUGUCAACGGUCGAUUAUGUAGCCGCAGAAGCCUCCCUGGGGCUCACGCGGCUCUUUUUAACGAGGGUCUUGCUUUGAUAUGCUUGAGCGAUUUCAGUAUUUAUUUAUUUAUAAUGUGCGAUCUGUCUUAUAUUUAAAAAAAACGCUAAUCGUGAAUAGAUCAACUCACUUUGGCAGCGUCCCGCUGUUGAAACCUUGCGACUAUGAUCAUGAUAAUUGACGGAACUUUGUCAAUCCAAUGAUGGGUGAAGGCCUCAUCACGCGCCGUGUCUGUUGCGUUGCAUUGUUCCUUGUUCUAUCAUACUUCACCACGAUGGUCAAUGCGGGUUGGUGAACAACCACCGCGGACUUUCCCACGAAGUGGUACGUAGUGCACCGACCCUCCGAUUUGCGAACGGCGUGUAUUUUCUUCAAGUGACAUUACAGAGCUGUUGCGCAAAACUUGCGGCGAGGGCGGCGUCAAUGGCUACACGGGAGCCACGGCGAGUCUCAAGACCGCUCAUCAAGGAGGGCCCUGCGCUCGUACGUUUGACCAAUGGUGCGGUGUACGGGGAACACUGCCAUGCGAGAGGGCAUCGCUCAAACGACGUGCUUGAUGUUCUGCCUCCAGAAGAAGAAGAAAAGACAUUGCAAACUUUACGUCCGUCUCUGCGUGAUCUGCCAACACCCAACUCUGGAUCUUCUACCAGAGGGGAGGGAGGUUGUUAAAGCCAAAAGCCAUAGCCACGCGUGGCCCCGGACAUCACUUGAACUGUGUUUACACUGAGGCCGUCGGUUCACACACCGGACCUGGUAGGAAAAUAACAACUCUGUUCCGAACUAUGGAUCUUGUUCUUGAGACACGGGAAACCUCCGUUCCAUGCACCAUCACUUAUACCGCACCGCCGGCCAUACCCAGUACAGAACACCCCCCCCCCCCCCCGCUGUUCCUCACCACUUGUUCCAAACAGGUCUCUCAACCUGAAUGUGUGUCCAGUUAAAUUUGAAUGCAAGGCUACCAAACGGUCUGGUUCGGCCGGCACAUUCUCGGUUGCAUACAGGCUAGCCCCCUCGAAGUGUUUUUGUUGUUGUGAAAAUUGUGAAUGUUGUCUCCGUUUUAAAACGUUCUGGCCCCAGGGCUCGACUCGUGGUGUGGGCAAAGGGCGGAGUACCAUAACUAAUGGGCGGGGCUACCUCAGUAGUGGGCGGGGCUACUUGAAAAGAGAGGAGGGGCUGCACGCGUCGUGAGCGGGGCCAGUAGGUGAGUAGGUGGGGCUAUAAGUCAAUGGGCGGGGUUAUCUGUGUAGUGGGUGUGGCUACCCGUGUAGUGGGCGGAGUUUGUAGUUAAGUGGGCCGGUCUGACGUUUACCGGUCGAGCUAUCCCAGAAAUGUGGAAGCCUAAUUCCAGGAAUUACUUCCCGUGUGCUUUCAACAAGCAGCUGCGUGUUUAGUACAAAGCCCUCCACCGACUCCUGAUUUCACUCCGAUUUCUAUUUGCUUCAUUACUGUACCUUAAUUUGUUUGCUUUUGUAAUUUUGGUAACCCAGGAUACUCUGGCAAAUGAGUCUCUUAUCCUGGUCUCUCGUGAGUUCUCACCCUGGUGAAACAACUCCAACCCGUGGCGUGAACUCGGCCUCAGAGAGACACAGCGCCUCCGCGUUUUUCGGAUUAUUCGCGCUCAACAGGACCGAAGCGGCCACAUAAUCACGUAGCGUUUUGUGUAAAGAGUGUGGGACAAGAUCAAACGAGAGAACAACUCACCCAUACCAUACGAAACACUGUAGGGUAACGAUGAUGAUAACGACGACGGUGAAUAUUUUUGUAGGGGUCAUUGUGCGACAUCGUUGCUGCCCGUGGCCUGCCUGCUGUGGCACGUGCGAGUCCACUUGCGCGUGCGUCAAGGUGUGUGGUGUCGUGUCAGCUGCGCGUGUCUCCGUGUCUAGUACUGUGCUGAGUAGCUGCCAUGCGCUCGUGUGAAGUGAAACUUUUUGUUCUGUACUGCAGGGUUCCCCUCCCCGAAAGUUCAGUCCUCGCGAUCAGCCGCAACACCAUUUUAAUGAACAAAAAAAAACCUCAACACAUUCGUGAAUAACACUGUCUUGAAAUAAAUAUACAUAAAUAAGUAAUAUUAAAAAAAAACUUUUUUUU